AUGCUGGAAACAACAAAUGUUUCAGGCACAUUAACUCGUACAACUAGACAGUCUGAUACAAUACAUCCACAUUAUUUUAAUUCAUUUCAAAAUUAUUGUUCUGGUCCAAAAUCUAAAACAUCAUCUUCAUCAAAUAAAGAUUUUUUACCAAUUCCAGAAAAAUAUAAAUUACAAAGUGAUGAAAUACUUCAGACUAUUAAUCGACGUCUUGUUGAACUUCUUCCUAAUUUAACAGAAUAUACGAGUGUUUUACCACAUGAAUUUUUUGAUCCAGAUCAUUCACAAGAUUUUCAACGAUGUUUAGUUGAUCGUGCAAUGUUUAAAAUGAUGGCUGAAACUCGAGUUAUUAAUUGGAUGCCAUCAUUAAAAAAACUUUAUCCGGUUCGAACAUCAGGUAAUGGUAAUUGUCUUCUUCAUGCUGUUCUUAUUGCAAUGGCUGGUGUACAUGAUUUUAAUUUAAAUUUACGUGAUCGACUUCGUCAAUUUAUGAAUGAAAAUAAUGCAGUACUUAAAUCAAGUUGGAAAACCGAACGAUUAAAAAAUGAUAGAAUGUAUGGUAUUCAAUCUGAAGAAUCUAAACUUAAUACUGAGUGGGAAGAAUUAUGUGAUCUUGUUCGUUAUGAGAAUCCUGAUGAUGGACAAACGGCUUCAAAUUUACAAUUUCUUGAAGGUGUACAUAUAUUUUCAAUCUCAAAUAUGCUUGCUCGUCCAAUUAUUAUUCUAUCUGAAGAUGUUGUACGAAAUAAACAUGGUGAAGCAAUUUCCGUUAAUGAUCUAUUUGGUAUUUAUUUACCUGUUCUUACACGACCACAAGAUUGUAUUCCAGCACCAAUUGUAUUAGCAUAUGAUCAAUCUCAUUUUUGUCCAUUACAAACUAGUGAUAAAGAUACUGGCGUAUCUUCGGAUAAUUUUCUUCCACUUUAUCAAUCAAUUGAACAUAUACAAAAACAAACAUUAUUACCCAUAAGAUUUUUAGGUAAUGAUGGAAGUAAAGAUGAAAUAAAUAAAUUACUUCAAAAUUAUUUACGUAUUAAAAUUUUAUCUCAUUAUCCUGAUACGAAAUCUGCACCCAUAUCUAUUCGAUGUGUUGAAUUAGGCAAUAAACAUUUUCAUGAUAAUAGUAAUUAUUUUCUUGUUUAUUAUAAUUAUCUUAUGGAUUUUUACGAAACACAAAAAAGAAAAUUACAACAAGAAGAAGAAGAAGAUGAUAGACGAAGAUAUGAUCAAAAUAAUUAUUUUUCUAAUCAAUCAUCGUAUGAUAUAAAUCAACGAUCAACAAAAAAAACUGAAGUAUUAUCAUCAUCACCACCACCACCAUAUUCAUCAUUAGCAACACGAACAAAUGAUGAUAGAAAAAGUAAUUCUAUUUAUGAGCGAAGAUCAUCAUACGAUAAAGCUAUAACUAAUGAAACACCACAUAUAACAUACAAUGAAAAUCGUCGUCCGCUAAAUCAACAUGCUGAAUCACAAAAUCAUAUACAACGUUAUACUCUAGCUAAUGAUAAUUAUAAUAAACAAAAUGUAACAAAUUUUAGUAAUUGGGAUUCUAAUUAUGAGGAACGAGGUCCUAAUGGAAAAAUUAUUAGCAAUAUUCCUACUCUUACUACUACUACUACUACUAAUUCUCGAGGAAAUGAUUCCAAAUUUAAACAAGACUCAUCACGACAACAAAAAUCUAUUUCAAUUCCUGUUCAUUUUGAAAAAUCUGAUUCACCAUCGAAUUUAAUCGAUUUUGAUCAAGAAACAGGCAAAAUUGAAUCAUGUAUUAUGUGUAAACAUUUGUUUAAAGAUUCAUCAUCAACUAAACUAUGUUCUGAUUGUUCUCAUAACAUGAAAUAUGGAACUUCUUCUUAUUCUCUUCCAUACCGUAAUACAACUGUACGAUUUCCAACAAGAAAUAUGAAUCCAAUAACACAGAGAAAUUCUGAUUUUCUCACUCCACUACAACAACCAUUACCCAGAACAAUAGCAUCACGGUACAUUCUUUGUUUACGUUGCAAACAUACAAAUGUGAUAAAUAAUGAUCAACUUCGAACAAACAUUAUGUGUUCAGUAUGUCGAAAUUAUUUGUAA